AUGUCAGCUCGCAACCGUUCAACGCGCAACACUACGCAAUGGAAGCUGAGUGCCCGCGCGCGAAGCGAGCUUGUACAGAAGGCUAACGCAGACUUUCGCAGUAUUGUUCGGCGCGCCGCUAAACCCAUGAACUUGGACCUCAUUGAUCGGCUUCGAGAGGAAUGCGACCUGAACGGUGUUGAACUGAUCGGCCCAAUCCUUCAGUAUCGUGCCAACGAUCCCAAUCGCGGCCGGUACUUCGUCGUCUCCUCGGCGCCGUACCCUGGUCACACACGCAAGUUGUUCCGUUACGUUUCGAACCCGCUCGCCGCUCGCAAGACUCAAGAACUCGAAGACGCUCGUAUCGCACGGGAGUUACAGGAUGAAGGACUUCGUCCGAUCUCCCUGGGCAUAGGCAACAUACCGCUUGGUAACGCGGCCUUCAUGCGCGCCCUCGGCUUGGACCGUCGUGCGCGUUCCCGCGGCACAAUAGCCCCCUCUGGCCGCUCUACAGUUCCUCGCGGUAGGCGUUAUCGCAAGCGCGCUGAAGUCGCGCCUCCCUCUGAUACCCGGAGUCUGCGCCGCGCGCGGAGUCCCAGCAUCGAGAUCCUGCAAGCACCCCCUCGUGUUGUGUUGGACCUCACAGGAGAGCCGCGUGCGCUGCGCGUUCUCUUCUAUGAUAUCGGUCAUGCCGCGCCUCAGGAGUUACUACUCGAGGAAGCUUUCCCGGGCUCCUCUUACCGCUUUUCAAAGUAUGCUUCGCAGUGGAACUCCAUCGAGGUUAAGCUCUCCGACUCCGUCCUCCUCCUUACGGGCACGCCGACCGCUCAAGAGUGGCACGGCUGCACAGUAGGCGACCUCGCCUUCCCUCCAUCGGCUCGCCGCAUCAUCCUCGCGCGCCGAUCACUGCAUACCAGUCUUGCAGAUAAUCUGGGCCGCCUCCAUAACUCCGUACAGUCCAAGGCCGCCUGGGCGUAUGGAGGCCAGAUUCUCCCGGUUCCCAUCGAGAUUGAUUAA